ACCCGCAACAAGUGCACCUCACCCUCCCGAACCCUACCGCUAUCGCCGUCACGGUAGCGUGGAGUCGUGCGUCGCUAUCCUCUCGAAGACGUGAACUCAGCUGCUAUCGCAGAUGGGAACACCGGUUCUAGCCGUGGCUGGCGGCGGAAACGUGGUCCUCGGCUUGAGCUCCUCCAUGGCGGAGCAAGAGGAGGCAGGAGAGGAUGGGGGCCAAGAUGCCUCCAAGAUCCAGGCGCCAACUUCUGCGAGAUUGGGACGGCGCUAGAUCUCAGAUGUGCAUUCAUCGUCCUGCAAUGUCUUCCACACAAAUCAAUAUGGAUGUGCUAGUGUUCAGAUGGCGACCCUACAAUCUGAGGUUGUGCAAGAAGAGUUGAUUGGUCAUGAAGCAGUGGAACAAAUGAGUAAGCAUGCAGCUUUAAAGAGUGUGGAUGUGACAGAGUCAUUGCUGAUGAAACGAAAGCCAUCUUCUGCUCAUAAUGCUCCAAAGCCUCCAGCAGAGAAGCGAAAGAAGUCAUCUGCUUUGCCCGUGCAAUUUGUGAGGUCUCCGCUAAUGAAUAGGGUGCUAGUAUCACCAAGGAUACGCCACUCUAGAGCCAAACACCUGAGGUCCCCUUCUAUGAUAAGGGACGGGCCAUCAUCAAUGGAGCAGGAGUUGCACCAGCCUACGGACGUGCCCCCAGGUUUUCACUUCCAACCCACUAAUGAAGAGCAAAUCUGUGGAUCCCAAGAUGGAGGGCAACUUCAUCCUGCAUUGCUUCCUUUGCAACAAAUUGAAUCUCAGCUACCUGUGUGCACUGUACCAAGAGAGCAGGUUGGUCAAGAAGUAGGAAAAACUGCAGCUUCAAGAGGCGUGGCCGCACCGGAGGCGGUGAAAUCCUUGUUAUCGAAAUGGAAGGCGACUGGCAGGAAUGCACUAAAGCCCCCAACAGAAAAGCGAAGGAAGUCCCCUAGGUCGCAUGUGCAGAUUAUGAGGUCACCUCAACUAAAGAGGAACCUAUUGUCACCAAGGUUGAGAUAUCCUUCUGUGAGAGGCACUGGAUUGCCAUUAGAUGAAAUAAAUAGAUCACCAUCUACAAUGUCCUCAUCUUCAGCUUCUCCUGAUGAUGCAACAAUGGAUACUUCCAAUUCUCUUGUCCCAGAUGCAUCAAGAAAAACUAAAAGGCACAAACUUAGAUCUUCUGUCUGGAAAGAGUUUGAACCAAUUUAUGAUGGAAAUUUAAUUGUACAAGCAAAAUGCAUUCACUGUUUGGUUAUCUUUCCUGCAAACCGAGAGACUGGUAGAAGCACUUGUCGUAGGCAUUUAGAGACAUGCAAAGAACGCAUUAGAAUGAAUGAGAUGGUUGGGAAUAUGACUACGGGUUCUCUGUCCCCUGAUGCAAUUACUCUGAAAAACUGGAAGUUUGACCAAGAUGUCUCUCGUGAAGCGAUGGUUAACUUCAUUGUUCUACAAGAGUUACCUUUCAGUUUAGUGGAUCAUGCACCAUUUAAGAGAUUCAUUGGUACUUUGAACCCACUAUUCAAAAUAGUGUCUAGAACUACAGUCACCGAGGAUGUGGUGAGGUCAUAUGAAGAUAAAAAGAUAUCCCUUCGAGAAAUUAUUAAGAAUACAGAUUCGAAGGUUUGUCUAACAUCUGAUAUGUGGACAUCAGUACAAAAUCUAGGUUAUUUGUGUGUUACCUGUCAUUUUAUUGACAAUGAUUGGAAAUUGCAGAAAAGAAUUAUAAGCUUUGGUAUGGUUGCUUCACCACAUGAUGGUUUCACAAUUUUCAGUGCUUUAUUGAAAAGCUUACAGGAUUGAAAAUUAGAGCAUAAGCUUUUCAGUAUUACACUAGACAAUGCAAAGAACAACAACAAAAUGGUUGGUUACUUGAAGAAAAAUCUUUUAGAUAGAAAGCUGGUUGUCGCAAAUGGUGAUCUUCUCCACAUGCGUUGUGCAUCGCAUGUUCUGAACCUUAUCGUCCAAGAUGGAUUUAAGAUGCUUAACAAUGGUAUUACUCACAUUCGAGAGAGUGUCAAGUACAUCAAAAGCUCACAACCUCGUAAGGAGCGAUUUGAGGAGAUCAUUGUUCAAGCUGGUAUAUCAUGUGAGAAGCGUCCUCCUCUAGAUGUACCUACUCGAUGGAAUUCUACUUAUCUAAUGCUAAAGUCUGCAGUGAAUUAUAGAACAGCAUUUGAAGCUUUAGACUCACAGGAUCUGAGUUACAUAGAUAAUCCAUCAGCUCCAGAAUGGGCACUUGCAGACAUACUU